AGACCUGUAGGUCCUGCUUCAUGUGGUAUAGCUCUUGAGUGCACUGACCACUGCCCCUACCUCAGUGACCAAAGUCCUCAGGGCAGUUCAUUCCAGGUCAGGAGGAGGCAGCAAAGACUUCAGAUAGUCCAAACAUUCCCUGAGAAGGACAGGGAGUCACCCAGUCACUAGCCUCCAGGAUCCAGGGAGAGGCUGCUUCAUGCCACUUUUAAACCCCCCCCCCCUUUUCCUUCCUGGGACUGCACUAGGCUGGGCAGCUUUGGCUGCAGGCGGGAUCCAGAUACAGGGACAGCAGAGUGGGAGCAGGCAGGGGGAGUGAAGGGGUGCAGCAAGGGCUUCUUGAGGAGGGUGGGGAGGGCUGGUACCGUUGUUCUUACAUUGAGGUACCUGUGUGGGGUCCCUUGGCCUGGGGACCCUUUCUCUAAACUUCCCCCACCUCAAGAACCUGCCUCCUUGCCACGCACGGACCCGGUAGGUGUCCAAUAAAUGUGCCUGGAAUAGAAAGAACAGGCGCUGAAGCCAAGGAGGCUACCCAGAGUAGGGGCGAGGCAGAGGGGGUCCCAGUGGCAGAGUCCUUGCACAGACCCCUCAACCGGCGAUCACCGAGGCAGGGGCCGGCCGAGCUGGCUUGGGCGCGGGGCGGGGGCUGCCAGGCGGCGUGGGCGGGGAAAGGGCGGGCGCGGGGGCGGUGCCCCAGCCGAGCCCCAGUCUGAGCCCAAGGCGACGCAAGCCGAGCGGGAGCCGGAGGCUGCCGAGGGUCCCUGCGUCGCCGCCUCCGCGCCGCCCCUUUGCCCCUGCCUGCGGUUGCCAACCCGCAGCCGGCUGGUGGGCAGCGGGCGCCAUGGCCGCGCCAGAGCCGCUGCGGCCGCGCCUGUGCCUCCUGGUGCGCGGUGAGCAGGGCUACGGUUUCCACCUGCACGGCGAGAAGGGCCGUCGUGGGCAGUUCAUCCGGCGCGUGGAGCCGGGCUCCCCAGCCGAGGCGGCCGCGCUGCGCGCCGGAGACCGCCUGGUUGAGGUCAACGGUGUCAACGUAGAGGGCGAGACGCACCACCAGGUGGUGCAAAGGAUCAGGGCUGUGGAGGGGCAGACGCAGCUGCUGGUGGUGGAUAAGGACACCGAUGAGGAGCUGCACCGACGACAGCUGACCUGCACUGAGGAGAUGGCCCAGCGUGGGCUCCCGCCUGUGCAUGACCCCUGGGAGCCCAAGUCAGACUGGUCGCGUAUGGGCAGCGUUGGCUCUGAUGCUGGCAAGAAGGAGCUGCGCCCUAGGCUCUGCCAUCUGCGAAAGGGACCUCAGGGCUAUGGGUUCAACCUGCACAGUGACAAGUCCCGGCCUGGCCAAUAUAUACGCUCUGUGGAUCCAGGCUCACCUGCUGCCCAUUCUGGCCUCCGUGCUCAGGACCGACUCAUUGAGGUGAAUGGGCAGAAUGUAGAGGGGCUACGCCAUGCCGAGGUGGUUGCCAGCAUCAAGGCACAGGAGGACGAGGCCCAGCUGCUGGUGGUAGACCCUGAGACGGACAAGCAUUUCAAGCGGCUUCGGGUCACACCUACCUCAGAGCAUGUGGAAGGUCCACUGCCGUCACUAGUCACCAAUGGGACCAGCCCUGCCCAGUUCAAUGGUGACUCAGCGUGCUCAUCCCGAAGUGACCUGCCUGGCUUGGACAAGGAUGCUGAGGAUGGCAGUGCCUGGAAGCGAGACCCCUUCCAGGAGAGUGGUCUUCACCUGAGCCCCACAGCAGCUGAGGCCAAGGAGAAGGCUCGAGCCACACGCAUCAACAAGAGGGCACCACAGAUGGACUGGAACCGCAAGCGUGAGAUCUUCAGCAACUUCUGAGUCCUCCCUGGCUGUUCACUGGGCCCCACCCAGAGUCCCCCAAGCAUCACUGUGCUGGAGGGUGGUCCCACCACCUCCCAGAAACCAACCUGUGCCCCAGUAAGCCCUCAUCCUGCCCCUGCCUGCUGGGUGCUGGGGGCCUGUUGCAGCAAGAUGGGGAGAGAGAGAGAGGAAGAAAGAUGGGAAGAGGGAGGGAAGAAGAGAGAGAGGAAGAGGGGGGGUGGGAGAGAGGGGAAGAGGGAGGCAGAGAGAGGGGUGUGGGGGUGAGCAGAGUGGUGACCUGUGGGUUGAGAGCCUCUGCUCCUCUGCCCCAGGCCUGCUGACUGAAAGGAAUUUAUUUUUGUUUUUUUUCCAAAAAAACUCUAGCUCCACACAUGUUUCUACUUAAUACCAGAGUCCUUCUCCCCCACCCCCUUUGGGACACUCUCUAAAUAAUUGCAAUAAAACAAAUCCUUCUCUGCAAACCAUUUCCUGCCCCAGCCCUGGCAGCAAUUAUCCUGAAUGGGAGUCCUAGAGACUUUCAGGGGACUGAGUGAACUGGGGCUCCUGCACUGCUCCUGAGGAUUUUGGGGUAAGGCCAGGGAGGCAGAAUGUGGCUUCAGGAACUCCCCUGCCCUCCCUGAUGUGGGGAUCACUAGGCUAGCCCCCCAGCUACCCCAUGCUGCCUCUCACCCUGAGGGGCCAGAGGAUAGAGGUCUCACACCUCCAAGAAAGGCGGCUUCUGGACAGGCCCUUUGUUCUGCAAGGCAGCUCUUGGCCUGGGGAGUGUGGGUUUGCAAGGGCUGGCCUCCAGGAACGCCCCUAGGCUUCUGGGCUCAGCCCCUGGCUGGCAGCUGCCUGGCAUCCCCCUAGCCCCACCCCAUGGUCACUCUGUUGAUUGUGUCCUUUCCUCCUUUGCCCUGAAUCUCUGAACCCACUGACCGGCACUGCUGUCUGCCUUGUAAGCCAUAGCGCAUGCGCGCCCUCAGAAUAAAUAGGCCUUGCCGCCGA